AUGCCUGGCGCCGUGGCCUCCCCGAUGGACACAUCAGGCGGUCCCGCCAACGCCGCGCAUCCAGCGGACCUGGACGCAACCGCUCAACCCCGCGCGCCGCAGCAAGUGCUGAUCACCAAUUUUCUGGCUCCUGCCGCCGCUCCUGCUGCCGCCGCCCCCUCCACCGCCCUCGCUCCCCCGAGCUCGAGUGCAAACCUCUCUCAACAACAGCAUCCCAGCUCCCAGGCCACCGCGGCGAGCUCGAGCGCUGCGUCGUCCUCGCAGGCGGCGCCCUCAAUGAGCUACGCUAACGCAGCCGCCCGCC